CAAGAAAAGGUAUACAGGAACAACGCGUGUUGUGUACCAUUGAACGUGAUAUAAAGGAACUGUGUCGUUGUUGCAGUAGGACACAUCGUUACAUCGCUUAGUAUUGCCGGCAUUCAUAAUGUCUUCAAUUGGUAAUGAUCCACAGUCUUCUGAGUCGAGUCUUCGUGAUAGUCGCCAAAAGUCCAAUAGCGUCAACGGGAAAGGCAUAGACAGUGAUGAUAGAAGACGUCAGAGGGCACCUGAAGGAAGGCCUAACGAUAGGAACAACGGUAGAUGGGAUGGAAGAAACGAUAGGAGAAAUGACCGAAGAAAUGACAGAAGAAACGACAGAAGAGAUGACAGAAGAGAUGACAGAAGAGACCACCGAGGUGGAACCAGAGGCUUCAGAGGAGACAGAAGAUAUGACAACAGGGAAAGAAAUCAGGAUAACAGGGAGCCUCUUCGUCGUAACGGGCAUGAACACUCCAGAGAUCGUUAUUUCUCCAAAGUUGAGCCAAACAGAGAACUAGAACCUAGAGGAUUACCCAAGGGUCCCGCGUCUCAACAGAAACCAACCCCCCUCCAAGGAAGGCAUGACAAAGGUGACCAUACAAUAAACACCACUAUCAACAACAGCAACAAUAAUAAUAACAGAGACUUUCAGAACCAAAGAUCUCCAUCGAGGAAAAGACCGGCGGAUGGACCUCUACCGAAAGGUCCUAAACGUCUCAAUUUUAGCAUACGGAAACAGCCACCUCCAAGACAGUCGACUGCAAAGGCGUAUAACGAUGGCAGGUCAUACAGGCCACAACAUGAUAAACCUCCAAUUCAUAAGCAUGCACAUGAUCCCCACCAAAGACCACAGAGAGAUUUCAACCCGCAGAAGAAGGUCUCAUUCUUAAAAGCAGUUAGAGAGGAUACCGUAUAUGAAAGAGUUGUCCAAGUGGGAGAAGGAACAUAUGGUAAAGUUUACAAGGCCAAGAACAUUGUGACAUCUCAUUUUGUCGCCUUGAAGAGGUUAAGAAUGGAGUCUGAGAGGGAAGGAUUCCCAAUAACCGCAAUGAGAGAGAUGAGAUUGCUACAAUCUUUUGACCACCGUAACAUUGUUUCUCUGCUGGAAAUCAUGGUUGAAAAUAAACAGAUCUAUAUGAUCUUUGACUACGCAGAUCAUGACCUCUCUGGUUUGCUCUCUAAUCCUGAUGUCAAGCUAUCGCAUGGUAAUUGCAAAUAUUUCUUUCUGCAAUUGCUAGAAGGCAUGCAAUAUUUACAUUCAAAGCAUGUUAUACAUCGUGAUAUCAAAGGCUCAAACUUGUUAAUUGAUAAAAGAGGAGUAUUGAAAAUUGCCGAUUUUGGGUUGGCCAGAAAGAUGACUGCUGUGAAUUCUAAGGACUAUACAAACCGUGUCAUCACGUUGUGGUAUAGACCACCAGAGUUGUUAUUAGGAACCACUGAUUACGGUCGUGAAGUUGAUAUGUGGGGCAUCGGAUGCUUAUUGGUGGAACUCUUCACCAGACAAGCUAUCUUUCAAGGCAAAGAUGAAAUCCACCAGUUACAUGUGAUCUUUGAAAUCAUGGGUACGCCAACUUUUGAUAAAUGGCCCAGAGUUACAGAACUACCGUGGUAUGAACUUUUGAAACCAAAGAGUUUCACCAAGUCACAGUUUGCACAAAGAUUCUCACAGUUCCUGUCACCGGGUGCGUUUGAUCUAGCAUUGAAGCUACUGGAGUAUGACCCACAAAAGAGAUACACUGCAAGACAAGCUCUAGCACAUGGAUACUUCAAAGAUGCACCACAGCCAGAGCCUCUAGAUGAAAGAACGCUGAAUGGCGAGUGGCACGAGUUUGAAGCAAAGAAGAAAAGACGGAGGGAGAGGGAAGAGAAACGUUUAGAGGAAGAGGCCAAAAGGCAGGCACUGGGUGCUUCAGAGAGCACACACACAGAGCACGUUCCAGAACAGCUUGAACAAGUCGAACCUAGAUCUCUUUCAGCUGUAAAGGAAGAAAUGGAUAGCUCUCUUGCACCUCCUUCCACGGCACCAGAAGCUCAGCCUGAAUAAACAUCACAAGUGUAUAAAAUGCAAAUACGAUUAUCACUUGAUCUACAAUUCCAAUAUUACUUGUAACAAGACGUCCUUGCGCCUGUAUAUAAUUUCCAAGUGUAUAGUUCAAUGUUAUAAGCUUUCUUUUUUUGGUAAGAUGAGAAAAUGAAGUUUGUAUGACAUCAAACCAAUGGUUGGACUCUGAUAAAUAAUGUACAAAAUAUCGAUAGUGCUACUAGUUCUUGGUUCUUAGCUCCCAGUCGAUCUCUGCAGGACAUAGAGGAAGAGUAACCAUACUUUGGUAGUCUGGUUCUGGCACCCUAGCACCUUCUGGCAAUUUCCAUUUGAUGGUCUUGAUGUAUGUUGUCAAGAUGGUACCCAAUUGAACAUAGGCAAAUUGCUCACCGAUACAUCUGUGUCU